UUUAUAUUUGACAUAAUUUUAAGUAUAGUUUGUAGUUUAAAUAUCGAAUUUUGAAUAUGCAUGUACAGGGUUUCCAAAAUGAAUGCCAUUAUUUUAUAUUACUAUAAUUAUAUUGUUGUCCGAGAAGUGUGAUGUACACCAGUCCUUAGUGCAAUUGUCCGAGCUUCGUCUUUCAUUUGCAUCCGAGGGUCUUCUUGUGUACUACCUCUAGGAAGUACGAGCAAAAACGGCGAAUCUGUCUUGCACUUUAGUGCCUUGCAGUUCACAAAGUCAGAAUCGUGCAUCAUUGUGCAACAGGAGUAAUCUGCAGAAUACAGCCAUGGAGCUGUGGCAGCCGUGGGAGAAGUGACAACAGAUCUACUAUAGCAAGCAUAAAACAAUUUGAGUAUUGCUCGGAUGUGUGCAGUACAAUGUGAGGUGCACAAGUUGGAAAAGUGUAAUGGGCAAAUGAGAAACUUGGACAAUUUUCCAAUGUUUUAAUGUACAUUAUGACAUUCUCGAAUUAUAAUUGACAUAAUUACAAUGAUUUAAAAUGGUAUAUGAAGUAAAGAACAGUGCUUCAGUUUGUAAAUACUUGCAUUUAAGUUCCUUAGAAGUAUUAAAUGUGUUAUUAAAAAUGUUUUUCUCUGUGUAUUUUGUACAAUCUGCAAUAAUAAUAAUAGCUUUAUCUCUGAAUGGGUAUCAAUCAAAAGCAGAGGAAUUAUCUCUUGAAAACAGUAUUGUUUAUGGACCAGGUUUGAAGGCAGACUUUGUGGUUCCUGUCAGGUAUUUUUUCAUUCAACUUGUCGACAAAAAUGGUAAGAAUUUCACGUCUUCGCCUUCUGGUCAGCUGUCUGCUCAGGUGAGGGGUAGUAAGGAAGCAUGUCAGGUUUGGAUGCAGCUGUUAAACGUUAGAGAUGGUAGCUUUAUUGUUCGUUAUAGACUGUAUCGGACUUGCAGCGGUCUUCAUAUCGAAGUGAAGUAUAAUGAAAAACACAUUGCUGAUUCUCCGUACAUUGUAGAAGGUGAUGUGUAUCACGAACACUGUUAUUGUCCGAAGUCCUUCUUGGAUUGGUCGGCAUCUCUAGAAUGUCCGGAUUCUCAUCCACAGAUUAAAGACGAUUUACAGCCCUUUAAGGAGAUUGACAUGAAUGCCGUUCUUAAACAAGCUCUAAAGAGAUUCAAUAAUCCUGGAGCAUACAGUAUAUGCCAUUAUUCAGUUGUCAGUAAUGAGAUAUACAGGAAGUGCUAUGGACAGUAUGUUGGCUUUAAUAUGUUUAUGGAUUCAAUUUUAUUAUCAUUAACACGAAAGGUGAUCUUGCCAGACGUAGAAUUUAUCAUCAAUUUAGGCGAUUGGCCUCUAGAGGAGACGUCCAAAAAUCCGCUUCCAAUUCUCUCUUGGUGUGGUUCGAAGGGUUCCAAAGAUAUCGUAAUGCCCACGUACGAUAUAACCGAAUCUACAUUGGAAAUGAUGGGAAGAGUUAUGCUAGAUAUAUUAGCAAUUUAUGGUAACUGCGAAGAUCCGUGGGAAAAUAAGACAGAGGUGGCAUUUUGGAGAGGCCGAGAUAGCCGGCAAGAACGACUGGAUCUGAUCACUCUCUCUCGCAGAUAUCCGGAUUUAAUCAAUGCGUCUCUGACGAAUUUCUUCUUCUUUCGUGACGUAGAAGAAAAAUAUGGUCCAAAAGUGAAACCCGUUUCAUUUUUCUAUUUUUUUAAGUAUAAGUACCAGAUUAAUGUUGAUGGAACUGUGGCUGCUUAUCGUUUCCCGUACCUUUUGGCCGGCGACAGCGUGGUGCUGAAACAAGAUUCCGAUUAUUACGAACACUUCUACAACAUGCUAACGCCUAUGGUCCAUUACAUUCCAUUUAAAAGGGACCUUUCAGAUCUGGUGGAGAAACUAAAAUGGGCAAAGGAACACGACGAAGAAGCCAGAACAAUCGCACAAAAUGCCAGACACUUCACUCGAGACAAUCUCCUUCCUCACAAUAUUUUCUGCUAUUAUGCUCUUCUACUUAAGGAAUAUUCUAAACUUCUAAAGAAUAAAGUUGAAGUACAUUCGGGCAUGGAGCACGUUCCUCAGCCAAAAGACAAACCAACUUGCGAGUGUAAGGAUAACCAAAUCCCCGUCGGACAGUUGAGAAGAAAAGAAGAACUAUAAUAUAAUUUUUUCUAUGUAANUUUUUUUAAU